AGGAUUUGGAACGACAUCAUUCACAGAUACGCCUCUAUUCAUCACUAAGUCUUAGUUCUUUGACUUUCACCGUCGCAACGCUACAAAUCUUUCAACAAACUGCAUUGACUAUACAAUCUUCCCGUCUAAAUUCUGAACUGUUCUUUUCAGGCCCGACCCACUCUAUAAAGAGCAACUGUUUCCUAAAGCGCAAUCUACAAUUUAUCCCGGCAAUUGCUUUGCUUCCUUUGCGCAGGGCAGACUUGUGCUGACUUGUCUACCGAUGCCCACCAAGCCUAAUUCCCCGCGUCGCUUCCUCUUCCGGGGGCGAUAUAUCCCUUAGCAGGAUUACCGCUGUAGCGAAUGUAGCAAUUGGGUCGUUAAGCAAUUCAAAUACUACGAAAGGCUGUCCGAUUGUCCGACAUGGACCGCCCGCGAAAACGCGAGUUGCUCUCGCUCAACCAGCGUGCAUGGGAUGGCGAACUAGAUGUCCUCCCCGUUAGCCCGCCUCUCGACCCUUCUCUAAGGAAAAAUACUGCUUUUAUAAAGCGAUUGCGAACUGCUAUCACUCCUGCGACCUUGAACACGUUCCUGCAAGAUAUACGGACCCUGAGUCUCACCAAAUAUUUAUCCGAGAUUAUCUCAGCCUGCUACGAAGGACUAAGCAAGCUUAAGACCCCCGGGGAAAUCGAUGCAGCUGUCGAGAUUGUUAGCGCCCUCCAUCAACGAUUUGGCCCUUCCGAGUUCACCGAGUAUUUAGGAUGGCUGCUUGGCAAGGGAAUGGCUACGCCAGAUAAGAGCCUAUUAAAGUCACUAGCCCCUGAGGUUCGCGAAAAGGAAGAGAAGGAACGUCUUGUCCGACAACGAGCUCUUCUAAGAGUGAUUACCGAACUAUGGCUUGUGGGUGUCCUACGAACCCUUGACGAUGUUAAACCAGAUGAUGCUACACGUAGUGCCAACGGAAAGAAUGCCGAGUUGAAGAUUAAAUCGACCAGUUCUGCUAAGGGUGGUGGGGCUGAGCCAUUUCCUCUUGAAGUACUUAAGGAUCUUCUAGGCUAUGAUCGAGAGCAUGUGAAUUUGCCCCUUUUAGUUAUUUUCGUAAAAUCAUUUGGUUGGGAUAUCCUAGGAGUCAAAUCCGCCGGAUCAGAAGGCUGCAAGACUGUGGAAGAAGAUGGUGCCACUAAAUCUACAGAAAACAACCCUGAGCGAACCGAAGGUCAAGAGGGAGCUGGCGAAGCCGAUUCUGACGACCCUCCAUUUGCUAGCUCCGAGCUACGUGAGCGAUUCAGAAAUAUCCUAAAACGCUAUUUUGAUGAUGUCAAGGCCCAUCUCGUGCGAGAUCAAAAAAACAUUGUUACGCAGCGCGGCAGGAACUCGGAAGCAUACGUCAAGUCCGGGGAAGUAUUCGAGGAUCGCCAAGCCAAUUUUGAGCGACAGCUAAAAGCUCAAGAACGCCUAGUCAGCAAUGCUCAGGUAAUAGCCGAUGCAAUUGGUGCCGAGAUGCCAGAUCUAAAGGAAACUGGUGAUGGCUUCUCGGCCACCAAUGGUGCUAUUGGCUUAGUCAAGACCGGCGAGUAUCUUCGCGGACAGAGUGAAGGUGCAGGUAUCUGGGAAGAUGAGGAUGAGCGCCGCUUCUACGAAAACUUAGUGGAUCUGAAAGGCAAGGUACCUGGUAUACUGCUUGAGGAUGGCAAGAAAAAGAAAUCCGAUACGGACGAGCAGGUUGGCAAGAGAGCUGAAUCUACUGAGGCCACAGAGCCAUCUAAGCCUUCGGAAAUAAACGACGAUCAGUCAACCGCGAUCGCCAAUAAGACCAUUGGCGCACAGGUAGACGUACUAUUAACUCGACUAUCAGAGCUUACGCAUAAGGAUGUAGUCGAUCAAGUGGCUAUCGACUUCUGUUUCCUAAACUCCAAGGCAUCCAGAAACCGCCUUAUCAAGGGGCUUACCGAAGUACCCAAGGGUCGAACGGAUCUCCUGCCGUUUUGGUCCCGCCUAAUAGCUACGCUUGGCCGAUAUAUGCCUGACGUCCCUAAAGGUGUAGUGGAGUAUCUUGAUGCGGAGUUUCGCAGCCUCCAGCGGCGAAAGGAGAAGGAUUUUCUCGGACAAGUGCGAUUGAGCAAUAUUCGAUACUUGGCUGAGCUCACAAAAUACGGUAUCGUGCCUGAGCAUGUCGUUUUUCAUUGCUUGAAAGUCAGCCUUGACGAUUUCUCCAGGAUGAAUAUCGAAAUUAUCUGCAACCUCCUGGAGAACUGUGGCAGAUAUCUGCUCCGCAACGCUGAUACCUCGCCUCGCAUGGCAACCUUCUUAGAGACGCUGCAGCGCAAGAAGUCUGUGCAGCAUAUCGGUCAGCCAGAGCGUAUGCUCAUUGAGAAUGCAAUAUAUUAUGUCGAUCCACCGGAGAGAGCUUCGAUUCAGCAAAAGGAGCGAACUCCUACCGAGUUGUUCAUCCGCAAACUCAUUUAUGUAGACUUGACGAAGCGUAAUUAUACCAAGGUCCUUAAGCAGAUCCGCCGACUCCAUUGGGAAGAAUCUGAGGUAGUAGCUAUCCUCACGAAGGUGUUUUCAAGGCCCGCCAAGGUCAAGUACGGCAGUAUCCAUAUCCUGGCAAUACUGCUUAGCGCCAUCUACCGCUAUCACCCAGAUUUUACGGUUACGGUGAUCGAUAAUGUUGUCGAAUCUGUGAUAUUCGGGCUGGAACAGAAUGACUUCAAGUUCAACCAGAGACGCAUUGCAGAAGUGAAGUACUUGGGUGAGCUCUAUAACUACCGGAUGUUAGAGCACCCCGUAAUCUUCGACACAAUGUAUAAAAUUAUGACUUUUGGUUACAACGGCGUACCUGUCCCAGGCCGGUUUAACCCUUUCGAUUUACCUGAUGACUACUUCAGAAUUCGCUUGGUAGCUACGAUGCUUGAGACUUGUGGCAUGUUCUUCAACCGAGGCGCUGCAGGGAAGAAGCUCGACUACUUCUUAUCAUUUUUACAGUACUACAUAUACACAAAGCAGCCUCUCCCCAUGGACAUUGAGUUCAUUGUCCAGGACACUUUCUCUCUCACUAGACCGCAGUGGAAGCUGGCAACCACUCUAGAGGAAGCCACCAAAGCGUUCCAACUUGCAGUAGCGCAGGACCAGAAGAACGCCGGCCUAGAUAAGAACGUUGAUCAAGACGAGGCCUCUAGUGAUGCUUCGUCUGAAGAUGAGGGCGAUGGUGGUGAAGGUGAUGGUGAUGGUGACAUCGUGCUCCCAGAGGCUGACGGGGAUGACUCAGAACUCGACGACGACGAUGAUGUUUUUGAGGACGCGGAGACCCAGUUGCACUCUCCUCAGGACGAGUCAGAAGAGGAGGCCAUAGUAGUGACGAGGAAAGCCGAAGAGGUUGACCCCGAAGACGAAGCGGAUUUCGAACGUGAGUACGCAAAGAUGAUGGCUGAGAGUUUAGAAUCCCGUAAAUUCGACCGUAAACCGUUAUUCGAUGUUCCGUUACCAGUCCGGCCCAAAACUCGCGAUGUUUCCUCGACUACAGACACAGACGGUGCAAAUGGAGAGAGUGCACCCAGCACAAUGGCCUUCUCUCUGUUAACAAAGAAAGGCAAUCGUCAACAGACACGAACUGUCGCACUUCCUUCGGACUCGACCUUUGCAGUUGCAAUGAAGACGCAGCAGCAAGCGGAACGGGAGGAGCAGCAACGCAUAAAAAACCUGGUGCUAAAUUAUGACCUUCGCGAGAAUGAAGAUCCUGAUGGUGAUACUCUUUUGACCCCGCUCAAUGCCAACAGAAAUAUUCACACUUCUAUUCAUUCAGGUCACGACAAGCCGUCUUCGUACUACACCGGCCGCUCAGAUAAGUCCGGCAGAGAGCGUGGCGGACAACGCGUCCGUAGGUUACAACUCAGUGAUGUUGACUGGUAUGAAAACUCCAAAGACCAGAAGGUCGAACAAAAUGAUUCAAACCACAAGGGCUCACUUGCUGGUACUGUCUCUGGAAGGGAAUCAGCUCCAGACCGAGUGGAUGGAAGCAGUAUGAGCAAGCGUCAUAAUUCCUCAACAGAUUCCCGAUCCCGCCGACCAAAUCGGCGAGGUCGUGGAAAGCGCUGAUGACUUACAAGAUACCCAAGAUACCUAUGAAUGAACGCUGAUCAAUACGGCUAUUCUUCACGAAUUUAGGACUUGAUUUUCGCCAUUGAUCGAUCCGAACGAAUCAUACACUACUCAUUUGAGCAUUGCGGUAGGGAGAUUUGAUGUCUCCUGGUUAUGCACAUGUCUCAUGCGGAAGUUACAAUCUUCGGUGGGAGCAUAAUAUAUUCCUCGACGCAAGACUUGAGGCGGAAGUCUCAUAAUCUCAGGCCAUGUUAGUCUCAUAAUAGAGGCGCCCAUCACGACGAACCUGUCGAUGUUAAUGAAGUUAACAUGUCCAAGUCGCCGACAACAAGGCCGACAAGGGGAGGAGACAGCCCGAGGACUUGAGGAUGCAGACCAGCAAAGGGGUCGGGGAAGUAGUUGUUGCUUUGAUGGCCACCCGGCCCUUCCCGGGUGGUCCGUUUUUUUGGCACGAACCAAUCAGGUUCUAAUGCCCAACUUCGUCCCGCAAGUCAUCUUACGAUGGACAACAAACGUGCGGAUAGACUGGCGAACUUGCAGAUUGCUCCUAUGGCGCUAGCCAUCGCGCUGCUUUUUGUUCUAUGUAUGCUGAUUUAUAGCUAAAGUCACUCAUUUCACACUGACUUGAAAUCUGCAACAUGACGCAGGUGAUUUAUGUAUAUUCUUCACUCGCGAUUACAACUUAGUACUUAGUAGGUAAGACUGCCAUUGAGGCUCG